UCACGUGACCUCCAGUCAGCUGAUCAAAUCUUACGUCUUGUAUCCAGGGGUCAUAGCGAUGGGAUUAUAAUCAUUUAAUCGUGAUAUUAAAUAAACUGUCACUAUAUUUAAACUGUCUAUUUGACGAUUUCAACAGCAAAGCGUCUCAGUAGUUUGAUACAGUGUUUAAAUAAACAAGAAAGAUGUCCGGAAAAGAUCGGAUCGACGUAUUUCCCUCUAGAAUGGCUCAGACCAUUAUGAAAGCUCGACUGAAAGGAGCUCAAACUGGCCGGAAUUUGCUGAAGAAGAAAGCCGAUGCUCUGUCCAUGCGAUUUCGUCAAAUUCUUAGGAAAAUCAUUGAGACUAAGACGCUGAUGGGAGAGGUGAUGAGAGAAGCCGCCUUUUCAUUAGCGGAGGCCAAAUUUGCUGCUGGUGACUUCAGUACUACAGUCAUUCAGAAUGUGAAUAAGGCCCAGGUGAAGGUCAGAGCAAAAAAGGACAACGUUGCAGGAGUUACUCUACCGGUGUUUGAGCAUUAUCAGGAGGGAGGAGACAGUUAUGAGCUCACUGGUUUGGCCAGAGGUGGAGAGCAGCUGUCUCGGCUGAAGAGGAACUACGCCAAAGCAGUCGAGCUUCUUGUAGAGCUGGCCUCACUGCAGACCUCUUUUGUGACGCUGGACGAGGCCAUUAAGAUCACAAACCGCCGUGUGAACGCCAUCGAGCACGUGAUUAUUCCCAGGAUCGAGCGCACGCUCACGUACAUCAUUACUGAGCUGGAUGAACGAGAGCGAGAGGAAUUCUACAGGCUCAAGAAGAUCCAGGAGAAGAAGAAGCAGCACCGUGAGAGGACGGAGAAGGAGAACGCCCAGCGUAAGGCUCAACUGGGCCCGAUCGCCGAGCCCCUGAACAUGCUGAACGAUGAGGCCGACGAGGACAUGCUGUUUGAAUGAGAUCUGUGCUGAACCCACAAACCACAUCAUAUUUAUUCUUUGUGCCUGUAAGGCCGAGCUUCACGGGAAAAGUGGAAGAUCUUGUUUUGUGUGUAUGUUGGUGCCGUGUCACUUCUUUUGUUUAGGAUGAAUAGUACAUCACAGAUGCUGCAAAAAUGUGCAGGUGGAUCAUCUGAAUCCAAAAACCAUUUCAAGUGGAAGUUUUUUUAUUUUUUUAUGUCUGAACAGAAAAGAAAACCUGUAAAAUAGUUCAAAUGAAUUAAAAUGAUCAUCCCAUUGAAUUGUACUUAUAAGCAUGCGUGUUAAACCAGUGCAACCUUCUCCGUUAGCUAGUGUGUGAUAACCGAGAGUAUUCUGUGGUCAAAUAGUUCAAUGUUGACAUAAUCCUUACCGAACAUCAGCCCAGAUUCUUCCUCAUGCCCAGUUGCUGGUUCUCCAUGCAAAUGUGUACUCAAAUCUCACUUCCUGUGAAUUUAAUUUCAAUAAAUGUUGUACAUGGUCA